GCUAUAUCAAAAACAAAAUUCCAUGAGACUGAAGUUGCCUCAGAAAAACAAAUGGUUCUUUUCGAGAGCUUUUUUGAGUCAAAAUGACUCCGAAGAAAAAACUUUGUUGGGCGAGGUGGGCUAAGAAGGCUAGGAAAGAAAGUCAUAGGAAAGAGAGGCUGAAGCCCAUCUCAGUCAGUUCACUGGGCUACAGCCCGUGGUCUAUUGCAGAGCCUUAUCCGCCACGUCACGGCCUACCCAGUCAACGCCUAGGCUUGACUUUCCCCGCACCGCCAGCGCGCAGCGCGCCAUCCCGACCGCCCGAACCGCCACGCGUCGCGAUCCGACGGCCCUCCACCGCCGUGCGUGACGUAGCUCCAGGCGAGAGAGCAGAGUGGGGAGUGAGAUCAUCAGUUGGCAGUGCCAGCCGCGGAUUACGCAUCUCACGCGGCGCCGCCACACACCACACCGCGAUGGCCGAUCUCCACCUCCUCCACCCGCCGGAGCCCGACACCAACGGCGGCGCUGCCGCCGCCCCCGCCUCCGCCGCCGCGCUGCUGCUCCCCGGCGACCCCGCGGCCGAGGCGGCGGCCGCGGCCGCGGCGGACCCCCCCGCCCCGCCCUACUCCAAGCGCCGCCGCCGCCCCAGCGUCCGCCUCGGCGACAUUGGCGCGCAGGCCACGGCCUCCGACGCGCAGCUCCCGCGCCGCCACCGCAAGCCGUCGUCGCACCCGCGCCCGCCGCGCCGGUCCCACCCGGACGACGCCCUCGACCCCAACGCCCGCGCCCGCGGGCCCAAGCCCGGCCAGCGCCGCCCGCGCACGGCCUGGAUCCCGGCUCCCCACGGCGGCGCCGACGGCUACGAGGACGAGGAGGGCCACCACCACUACUACGACGACGCCGACCAGUCCGACUCCGCCGCCGCCGCCGCCAGGGCCGCUAGGGUUUCGGGCAGCCGCGAGGCCAGCGUCGAUGAGUCUGACGGCGUCGCCGACUGGGGCCUCCCCAACGGCGGCGCGGCCUGCUACGGCGGCGGCGGCGGCGUCAGGGCCUGGCUCGACGGGCUCGGCCUCUCCCGGUACGCCCCCGUGUUCGAGAUCCACGAGGUGGACGACGAGGUGCUCCCGCUGCUCACCCUGGAGGACCUCAAGGACAUGGGCAUCGGCGCCGUCGGCUCCAGGAGGAAGAUGUUCGCCGCCAUCCAGAAGCUCCGCAGCACCGACACCGUGUCCUGAGUUGGCUUGCAGGGCUGCAAGCUCACUGAUUCUCAGAAAUACAGAAAAGGAAAGAGAAGGGAGAAGAUGAUCCAGUCAACUGGCUAAAGGCAUAAAAGGAAUGCUAGGGAUAAAUGUCGGGGAGGGAGGCUGAGGGGGUUGCCACUGAUUACUGUGGCAGGGUGGCAGCAAAUGUCCAUGCCGCUGGGGCUCGAUAGCGCCACAAUGGCAGGCCAGGCGCGGAGGUAACCACUGGAAUGUUUUGUUUGCAUGUAUGUUUGCAAGCAUGUAUGUCUUGUAUGUAAGGUAAGGGGCUUACCUGAUGAUGAUCGCCGGUCCUUGGGUGAAUUCUGUUCAGCACUAGGUAGGAUGAAUGAAAUGAGCAUGGGUCUGGCAUGGGGUGUGGUAAGAGGUACUCGGGUAGCCAGGGUGACUUGCCCAUGGAACCGCCGGACGCCGCUCUCUGUGGCAGAGAGCUCGGCUGCCAAGGGAGUUUCACAGGCAAAUCAUCCUUGGCUAUCGAAGAUGGCCUCUUACCCCCAUCCAAGACCUCGCUCACCUGUGUCCUGUGCGCUGGUGCACUAGCUAA